CAGUCGACAGCUCAGUAUUCGCCUAGCCUUUGCAGAGUAUCUCCUGCAUUUCUAUGCAAAUCAGGACUUGAAUCAUGGCGCCAAGAACCCUCCCAGACCGCCCCAAGCCACCGUCUAGGUCCCUCAUGCGGCCCAGCAAGACAGCGAAUCAGACUUGUGAAGGCUUUCUUUUUGCCGUCGCCACGCAAAAUGUCAGGUGUUUGUGCAACUCUAGCUCCACGCAUAUCCGCCAACGUAACACCGUGCGUCGAACCCAAGCAUUUCAGUUUCUUUGACGGGCGUCGUGGAGUGGAGAAACGCGGAGGGCCUGACAUGCGGCUCUUGAGGGAGGCCAGGAGCCAAGCCAAAUCGUCAUCGACAAAACUGUGCAACGUGCGCAAAGGGACCCGGUUUCGUGCAAAUCCUCCGAAUGGCUACAACACUGUCGAGAGACUACGGGGGGUAUCGUCCAAGGCGACAUUCGGGGAACACGCUCAGGGGCCAUUUUGGCCAGGCUCGAUAAUACGUGUGAAGCCGGAAGCAAGGAGGACUGCGACUCUGCGAGCCAUUCUUCCUGAAAUACCCAUUUUGAGACACUCAAGCCAGCCGCCAUGGCGAAGGAAUGCAGUUCCGGUGCCACAGCAGUGGCGCGAUGACGACCGUGGAGAUAUGUACAUCGUCCUGGUGUUCACUCGUUGCUGGAGAAGUCAUGAUUACGACCCCGAUCCUCCAUCUGUUGCAAUGUUCGAAAUAAGAGCGGCUAUUGUCUACGCGAUAGUUUAAGGCUGGUACGAAGUAGUUUGUAUACCAUACGAACCCGACUGCCGUGCAAGGGGGUAAAGAAGGUCAAUUAUUAGACCCUCGAGUGUGGAACAGAUACGGAUAGAUGAUGGGUAUCGGAUGUUGGUAGGACCAGUAUGACUAGCUGUUCAGCCACUUUAACCAUCUUUGGCAUCGAAUAUGAAAAAGUGUAUCCCUUUU